AUGGGGUUUCUUCAUCAAGGCCAUCAGAGCCUAGUGACCAGAUCCCUCGAGGAAAACGAUGUCACCGUGGUCUCAAUCUUCGUAAACCCAUCGCAGUUCGCCCCAGGAGAAGAUCUAAACUCCUAUCCACGGAAUUUGGAUCACGAUCUUUCUUUACUUUCCAAUACUUCGGUAACCAAGCGUAGGGUUACUCUUGUAUUUGCGCCUACUGUCUCAGAGAUGUAUCCUUCAGGCAUUCCAUUAGAGACAAGUCAGCAGAGGGGUGGAUUCAUCAACGUUCUAGGUGUUACGGAACAACUAGAAGGUAGAUGCCGUCCAGCCUUUUUCCGUGGUGUCACUACUAUUGUUGGUAAGCUCCUAAAUAUAGUAGAGCCCGACAAUGCCUACUUUGGCCAGAAGGACGUGCAACAAACAGUCGUUGUUAGACGGAUGGUGAAAGAUCUUUUUUUCAAUACUAAGAUCACCGUUGUUCCCAUUGUUAGAAAUGAAACGGGAUUGGCUCUAUCUUCUAGAAACGCUUAUCUUUCUGAUCCUGUGAAGAACAAGGCCACCAUUCUUUUCAAAUCGUUGAAACUGGCCCACGAUGCCUAUGAAAAUUCUCAGCUAGAGGUUGUAAAGCUCACAGGGCUCAUCACGGGGUCCAUCAAAUCUGCCUCUACAGAGUUCCAAAUUGACUACGUUUCAUUUAACGACCCCGAUGACCUCCAUUAUCUAGAUGCUAUUGACCCAGCUAAAGGCUGUAUCGUCAGUAUGGCCGUGUUUGUUCCUAAUGUAUUCGGCAAAACCGAACAGACAAGGUUGAUCGACAACUGGAUCUUACAGCCCAUGAAAAAUGGCAAAUUCAAUUAA